CCCGCCAUCCUGUGGCUGCACGGCUUCGGCUCGUGCAAAGAGGAGCUGCACGAUCUGAUCUUCCAGCGACCGCUGAAGGAGCACACCUUCCUCGCCUACGACGCGCCCGGGUGCGCCGCGACACACACCGCCGACCCGAGCGCCGCCACCAUCGCCUUCAUGGUCGCCACCGCGGAGGCCGUGCUGCACCACUACGGUGUCGACCGCUUCCACCUGAUCGGCCACUCGAUGGGCGGGCUCGUGGCCCUGAUGCUGGCCGAUCGCCACCCGGACCGCAUCCUCAGCUUCGUCGAUAUCAAGGGCAACCUGACCCUGGAGGAUUGCUUCCUCAGCCGCCAGAUCUUCACCCACCCCGGGUCCACCCCGGAGGAAUUCUUGGAGAUGUUGAUCGAGCGCACGCGCAGCAACCCGGCCUAUUCGACCGCCCUGUACGCGUCGACGCUGCCCGCGCGCGUCCGGCCCGCCGCGAUCGAGCCCAUCUUCCGGUCCAUGGUGGAGCUGUCCGAUGGCGGGGACCUGAUGGACCGCUUCCUGGCGCUCCAGUGUCCCCGGAUGUUCAUGUACGGCGAGCUGAACCGCGACCUGUCGUAUCUGGGCACCUUGCGCGAGCACGGGGUCGCCUUGGCGGAGAUCCCCCAGAGUGGCCACUUCCCCAUGUAUUCCAACCCUGUCGACAUGUUUGGGCGCAUUGUCGGGUUCAUGAAGCGCAGUGCGGUGAUCUAA